AUGAGUACAUUGGUCGGCUGCGUGUGUCCUCAUUACCCACUGCGGGCCACGCAAUGUGCACAGGCACUUGAGGCAAUACAAACAAGGCGCAUGAUUCUCGUCUCUCCCGCUCGCAAUCUCAGAUCGCAGUGGGGCUUAGCCUGCAACGUAGGCAACAGGCACUUCGAAGGAGACCACGCGUCUGUAUUUAAAGAGUUGGGCUGUAAUUUUUAUUUCGUGUUAAAGACAUAUUUUCUUACAAGGCCCGUGUCAAGGGUGCUA